AUGCAGCGAUACAUCUUCAGCCCAGCAGACCAAAAGGGGGUGUCGAAUGCACGCGUAGAAAGGAGAGGCUCCCGGGGAUUUAUCGGCCUCAGCAUCAACCAGAAGGCCAGAGAUGAUGUGUGUCUGUGGGGGCUGGUAAUGCGGCCGCCAGUAAACGUAACCUGCAACAUUUUUAUCAACAGUUUUGGGUCCAUCGCUGAAACAACAAUGGACUACAGAGUGAACAUCUUCCUGCGGCAGCAGUGGAACGACCCCCGGCUGGCCUACAGCGAGUACCCCGACGACUCGCUGGACCUGGACCCCUCCAUGUUGGACUCCAUCUGGAAGCCCGACUUGUUCUUCGCCAACGAGAAGGGGGCCAACUUCCACGAGGUCACCACGGACAACAAGCUGCUGCGCAUCUCCAAAAACGGCAACGUGCUGUACAGCAUACGAAUAACACUGAUCUUGGCUUGUCCUAUGGAUCUGAAAAACUUCCCAAUGGACGUCCAGACCUGCAUCAUGCAGCUGGAGAGCUUGAAUAAAUCAUCAUUAACGAGGCUCUGCCCCCCCCCCCCCUCAGGUAAAUUCACCUGCAUCGAGGCUCGCUUCCACCUGGAGCGUCAGAUGGGCUACUACCUGAUCCAGAUGUACAUCCCCUCGCUGCUCAUCGUCAUCCUGUCCUGGGUCUCCUUCUGGAUCAACAUGGACGCGGCGCCGGCCCGGGUGGGGCUGGGCAUCACCACCGUGCUGACCAUGACCACGCAGAGCUCCGGCUCCAGGGCCUCUCUGCCCAAGGUGUCCUACGUGAAAGCCAUCGACAUCUGGAUGGCCGUCUGCCUGCUGUUCGUGUUCUCGGCCCUGCUGGAGUACGCCGCCGUCAACUUCAUCGCCCGCCAACACAAGGAGCUGCUGCGCUUCAGACGGAGGCGACGACACAUGAAGGUGAGUGCCCCGCGUUUCCCUCCGUCCGAUCAACAAAACGUCCAUGAUGUUAGAGUUUUGGGGGGAACGCUGAUCGGUUCGGGCUUCCAGAUCCCGCUGUUUCCACAUCUGCACUCCGGUCGUCACUGCUUACGACACCGUUCAUCGCGGCCGGGCAGAAACACGAGGCAUCAAUGUUUCAUAGACAGAGAUGGGGCCGAUAAUGGAUGCACACUGCAGACAAGGAGAGAAAAAAACUCCAAAAACAAGAGGGGAAACUUCUCCUGUGUGUGGAGAAGCUGCGAUAUGAGAGCUGAGCUUGCUGAGAUAUUGAAUUUAGUUGUCACAAGAUAA